AUGCAGGGGCCACAGAGAAACCCGGGGCAGAUGCCCCCAGUCAAGAUAUACAACGCCGUGUAUUCAUCCGUGCAGGUGUAUGAAUGUAUGGUUCGCGGUAUCGCCGUAAUGCGAAGACGCGGCGACUCAUAUGUCAAUGCCACUCAAAUACUCAAGGUCGCCGGCAUCGAAAAGGGCAGGCGCACAAAGAUCCUGGAGAAGGAGGUUCUCCCCGGUAAGCAUGAAAUCGUCCAGGGCGGCUACGGCAAAUACCAGGGCACUUGGAUCCCACUUGACCGUGGCCGAGAGAUCGCAGCCCAAUUCGGCGUUGCCCCUCUCCUCGCACCGCUGUUUGACUUUACUCCUACUACCAAUUCCCUCGGAUCCCUUCCUGCCACGAACAAUGCCCCCCCUCAAAGACCUAUCUCGUCAUCGUCUUCUUUCUCUGGGAUCGGCACCUCUCAGACUUACUCACAGUCUAGUCUUCCUCCACCUCCCAUCAUGCCCGGAUCCGCACUGCGGCUCCUGGCCCAGGGACGUGCUCAAGGCCUUUUUACUCCAUCUACUUCCGCCGAGGUUUCCUCCAAGUCCACCGUAUAUCCGCCAUCUUCAUACCAGUAUAACUACGUUCAGCCACCCGCUGUGUCAUCAGUACCUUCGACUCAGCAAGCUCUCAAACGAGCGCGGUCCGACUCGGAGGUAAUUGCUGCUGCUCAAACCGGGUCGCGUUCGUCCGUUCCGCAAAGGUCCUCUCAUCCGCUGCUAGAGGCCCCUGCAGACAUCCAAAUGGUCGAUAGGUCGCAGCAGUCCCCCCACGCUUCCCAGUCCCUGGAAGAUGACGGACCGUCACCCAACAAGCGGGCUCGCAGAGAAACCUCACCACCCCGGCACGAUGCUUCCCAAUCACAACCGCUAACAAGUAGCUCUCAGUCAAUCACCCAAUCCCUCACGCGCCACAUUUCCAGCAUGAACGUAUCUUCGCCGAAGUUGCAAAGCCAAAACGGCUCUUCGCGUGCCCCAAGCGUAGCGAUAUCGACAAAUGGAAAGAUGUUAAACGGCGCGGACAACGAAAGCCAUGCUCUCCGUUUCUCCACUAAACCACCGCCGCUCCGGGAUCCUUCCAUGCUGCGCGACCCCCGUCACGCACAGGUCAUUGCCGCUGUUUGUCGCGAAGACGACCCAGCACCUGUACUCCAACUUCUACACGAACUUACACCAGAUCCUUCACAUCCUGUUCAAGUGGAUACCGUCCUCGACGAUAAAGGCCAUACGGCACUGCACUUGGCUGCUAGCAUGUCUCGACAAAAUGUUGUAAGCCAGCUCGUCACUGCUGGUGCUGACGUACAUCGCGGUAACUUUGCUGGAGAGACCCCUCUCAUGCGUGCAUCAAUUGAUACUCACAAUUUCGAUCGGCAAAACUUCCACUCUAUCGUUGCGUCGCUGCAUCAUUCCAUCCGUACCAUCGACACAUCCAAAAAGACCGUUCUACAUCACAUCAUGUACCUUGCAGGUAUUCAAGGUCGUGCUACACAACACCAGGGGGGCGACUUCAAGUCCAUUGUCGAUUUGCAAGAUGAACAUGGCGACACUGCUUUGAACAUCGCUGCACGGGUGGGUAACAGGAGCUUAGUUAAAACACUUCUAGACGUUGGCGCAAAUCGAUUGUUGCCGAACAAACUCGGUCUUCGGCCAGGCGACUUCGGAGUAGAGGUGGAGGAGUUGAGUGGGGGCCCACGUGCCGAGGAUUUGCUAUCCUCAUUGCGACCAGGUCCAUUAGCACCGGUUCAGAAGAGCCAGGAUAUCAUCACUGAGAUCACAACAAUGAUCCAAGGCCUGAGCGCUGAGUUCUCCAGCGAGAUUAAAGCGAAACAGGAUUCGCUCGAUCUCACGCAGGCGCAUCUCCGCGCGGCCACACGGGAGCUCUCGGAACAACGCAGGCAGAUACAAAUGUGGCAGAGUCGGUGUGCGGAGCUUGACCAAGUCCACCAACGAAUUCGGAAUCUUGAAAAAGCUGCUGCCGAGGAAGAUAACUUCGACUGGACAGGUCGGACAGAUCUCACCGGUAGGGAUGGGCGGGAGACCGGCGGCUCCGCGUUUCAGUGGCGAGGCACCAACUCGACGAUGGCGGGCGCAGCGGGGUCGAUGGACAUCCCAUUCAGCGUGGAGAUGGAGCCUCCAAUUCCGGCGACUGACUCUGUAGCAAGCUUGAUACGGUUGCGACGGCUGAAGACUUGGCAUGUAAGAAUGGAAGAGCUGAUGGAAGAGAGAUUGAAGUCAUUACAAGGCGCAAGCGCAGAGAAGGAAUAUCAAUGCAAGAGAAUCGUGGCACUUUGCACAGGGAUUCCGAUCGAAAAGGUGGAGGAUAUGCUGGAAAACCUCGUAGUUGCAAUGGAGAGCGAGGCGCAAGUCGUGGAUAUUGUUCGGGUGUCCGGAUUUAUGCAGAAGGUCAGGGACGGUGUUAUAUAA